GUCAUUACCGACAACCCCCGCCCGCAUGUACAGGGUAAUUUCCCCCGUAAAGAACAAAGCGAACCAAAGGGUACAGCCACCGUGGUGUGCAUGUGACUGAGCCGGGGGAGGGGCUGUCUGUCCCGUGUGUUGUACCGUGGAACACCGAGUUCCAGUGCGCGUAGGUCGGCUGCAGAGAAAGACACGCCUCGGUGAAGCUCAGGCCAGGACACGGAACGGACUACUGCGGAAAAGAAACAGACAGAGCUACUUCACUGAUGUCAAUUUUGUUAUAAUCGAGACAAGUUGAGGAACAAAUCACUGUGAGUUCAAAAGAAGCAAAGAUGACAACCAAGAGAAAGGCACCAACCAGACCUGGCAACAUGAAAUCUGGAGAGUUUCAGACAGAAGCUGAGAGGGACUCUGGGUUUUCAGAUGCGAGUUCAGAGCAUCUGAGCUCCAUAGACCCCACAGACUCUGAGGACUCGCCCGGGCCUGUCCAGCCAAGUUCCAGCCCAAAGGGGUCCUCCUCAAACCCAGGGACCCUCACUGUGGUCGGGGGCUCCUACUCCAACCUGUCCCCGAUGAUCAUCAUGAACAACGUAGUGCUCAAACAGCCUGGGGACCCUCCACCUGCCCUAAAGCCCUGGAGGUUCAGCCCCACGAUGGAGGUGGUUCAGCCGGUGGUCCAGCAGCCUCAAGUGGUCUUCCUCCAACCGGUCGUGUCCCACCAAACCUCGUCUACAUCCAAAACUGCCAACAAACAUCGGCGCUCCAAAAAAUACCUCCCAAUCUUGAAAUCGUACCCCAAAAUCGCACCCCGAGACACCAGUAGCUCAUCAGGCAGGGGGACUUCUUCUUCAGCUUCUUCCAUAUCCUCUGGCUCUUCCACUAUGACGGACAGGAGUAGCCAAAGCUCUACAACAGAAAAAUUGCAAAGAAAUCAUAGCAGCGCUGUCCAAAAUACUUUGUCAAAUCUUCCACUAUCUCAAAGUACUGUUUCACCUCUGCUAAGAAAACAGCUUUCUCUUCCUUCAAUUGAAACAACCAGCAGUGGAGUUUCCAGUGACAAUCAAGUAGCAUUAGGAAGGUCAUCAGAACUUCCUACACCUUCAUCUUUUGGUUUUAAUCCCAAAAAUCAGCCUGUACAAAUUCAACCACCUGAUCCAGAGACUGCUUCAGCUGCGCAACUUGAAAACGAAGGUGACGACGAUAUUCGAAGGAAGCGAUUCUGCAACACGUAUAACAUUUUGAGUAAAUCGGGGUUGCUCGAUAUCACCCUUCGCACCAAGGAGCUGCUUCGUCAAAACAAACGCACCCAAAGCGACAUAGACCGGCUAAAGGAGCAAACUGACCUAUUUUUGCAAAUGCUGCAAAGUGGGGACACCAGCCUCUGUGUGAAACUGCAGACGAGUCUACAGGAGGAGGACAAGGAGAGGGAGGGAGAGGGGGAGAGAGGGGAGAGAGGGGAGAGAAGUUAACAAUGAUGUCUGAACCAUUUUGACAUGUGAUCCUGUACUGUAGAAAGGGAUGAACAAUAGAAAUGAGAAAAGACCCUGCUGUAAACAAAGGAGGAUCUGAAGUGGUAGUAAUAUUAAUCUUGAUCUGAAAUGGGGCUGUGCAGUGGAUGAAAGUAGUUGCUGCUCAGAAUUGUGUCCAAUUUUAAAGCACCCUCGCUCCACAACAAGAAGGUUCCAGGUUUGAUCCCCUGGGUUUUUCUUGGUGUAGUCCAUGUUUGGGUGGGUUUCCUUCAGACUCUAGUUUACAUGAUCAACCCAAAACAUGCAUAAUUGGUAAAGUAGUCCUUACCAAGACUAGCUCAAGAUCUGGACAACUGCUCUUGACAAGUUGACCCAAAGGCAUUGAAGGAUGGGUCAAAUGCAGAGGAAAAAUGGUCCCUACGAAGUCAAUAAUCUGUACCUUACCUUACAGAAGAUUGGUUGUGGACUUCUAAAUUAUAAAACACUAAAGCUGUUUAUUUACAAUUGGAGAUGACUGAAUCUCAAUUAAACAGUAAAGCAAGUACAUUUUUAAUCAUUAAUUGUUAAUAUAGGUAAUUAUAAUGUACUCUAGGCCUAUAUUUAUUGUUUUUACAAGAUGAAAAGCCUAUCAGAAUUACCAUGCUACUGCUACAUUGUGGCAAAUACUGAUAAAAAGAGUAUAAGUGAAAAAAUUUGACUUAUAAUUAUGGCUUGAAUAAAUUAUUUUAUCUCACUAAAGUAUAAAUUGUUUUCCAAAUUCUAAAGCCUUAAUUCUCCUUAACAAUUUAUAUAUAGUGAAAUUAGUCUACACCUCAAUUCAAGAUUAAUAUUCUGAAUUUAACUUAUUUUAAAUGUUUUCUUUCUGGAGUGCAGCGUGUUAAUGAGACAGGACUUUACGGGGAGUUGUGAAGCCGGCUUGGACAGAUGGACUGAAGUAUCGUGUUUGAAAAUACCAACCCAACCCCCACCCAAGCACCUACCCCAACACAGAGGGUACUGGUGUGGCCUACUUCUACUAUUACUGACGAACCAGACUGACCUAGAACAUAAGAAAGUACUCAGUUCAUAAAAGGGAUGGGAUUGUUAAAAUUGAAAGCCAAAAUGACAUUAGAGGUUCUAUAUUAUGCUAAACUUCUCCUUUUUUUUUGAGAAUUGAAAUCUUAUGUUUACUUUAUCGAAACUAUCCCUGAAGGUUUUUCAUGUGCUAAUGUUUGAGAUGUGUUUUGAGUUAAUAUGUACAAAUCCUGAAUUAUCCUUUAUAUAUAAAAAAAAAAGUUUCUGUACCUGAUUUUUACAGUCUUUUACAACAUGAAAAACAGAACAUACAAAAGAAACAGGUACAAGGGCCUUUGAUUUCCGUUACUUAAAAAAGUCUAAAUAAUACAUAAUAUAGGACUUUUUACCACAAAUUGACUUGAAAAAAUUGCACAUUGAGUGUAUAUUGUUUUGUAAAUUAUUUAAGUGCCAAUGAUGACAACACUGCAAAAACAUAUGGACCGUAUAAGGUUUGUGUAUUUGGGCGGUUAAGGUCAAAUAUCUAUAAAGCCUUAACCAACUGCACAUUGUCAGCUCCACAAUAUAGCACUUACUAGGGAUGGGCAUUCGAUGAAAUUUUCUUAAUCGAUCGUCGGAAGAAUUAACGAUCGAUUAUCGAUUAAUCAUUAACGUUUUUAUAUUAAAAUGAUCAUCAUUAUUAUUACUAUCUGCACUACUAAUCUACAUAAAUAAAUUCAACUUUACGACAUAUAAACCGUAACCACUCUAGAGCCACAUCGAUCCGUUUGACAUUAUAAUGUGUUUAAUUCAGUUUUGCGCAACUCUCACAGAAACAAAACUUAAAACCGCAUCGCUAAUUUGCAUAAACUAAGCGAAGAUAAAACUGCAGCUCUUGUGUCGCUGAUGCGGUUCAAUUUCUGUUGGAUUAAAAGACAUGACUCAGGUGAAUACAGGUUAGUGUGACCAUAUUUGUGUUUGUCAAAACCAGGACACCGUACGGGGGGUAGGAGGUGGGGACUCGUCAUCGACAUUGCGCGACUCUCACCUGGUGAAGCUUUUUCCCACUGGACACCGAGACAUAUGUUCCUGCUUUAUACACUGUGCACAUGGACUCACACUUGUCCCGAACGCAACAGAAAGCGUGGAAUUUCUUGUACAAGUCAUCGUUAAAUACGCAUUUGUGCUUUGGUACACUGCAGACUGACCGACUGUUUGUGUCUCGCUCCUGAGUGCAGAGAGACAUGUACAGACCCCUUUUUGGUCACGCUACGCACAGCAACCUACAUUCGGUUUGUCGAUUAAAAUUAACGUAAUCGAUGUAAAUUCUUAAUGAUCAAUUAUCGAUUAAUCGAUUAAUCAUGCCCAUCCCUAGCACCUACUACUCAAGACAUUUUGCUACUACAAUCGUUAAUCAAUAGCCUGUAUAGAUUUAUAUGUUUGUGAUGGUGGGUUGAUUUGAGGACAAUACUAAUCCAGGGUUGGGCAUUACAGACAAAAAUACAACUUGAAUCUGUUUUAAUUAAUGAGUGGAUUUUUGUAACUCAAAAUAUGUAUGUUGACUAUACUAAAUAUUUUUUGAUCACUUUUGCCAUUUAAAUAUGUUAUGUUAAAUGAACUCAUAUAGUUUAAAUCCUUGUCUUGAAACAAGUCAAGGUCUUGAAACUUAAAUUAGUUGCUGUGUGUUGACAACACAGAAAAAUGUAUAAAUUUAAACACAGCUUUUUUUUUUAAAUACAAAGUAACAUAAACUCUGUAUUUCAGCUCAGUGGGUAAUGCAGUGGUUUAAGGGUCAACCCACCAACUGGGCAGUUGCUGGUUCAAACCGUUAUUGUGUUUUUGGGCCUUUGAGUAAGGCAUAUAUACUUGCAUUGUUUACUUACUCCAUUUAUUUAACAUCUUAGCAGCUUUACAUAUUAUUUAAAAUGUAAAACAAAUACUCAUAACACAGUAUUUCCUUUUAUUGCCCAGCCCUGGACUAAAGUAACUGUUUAGUCUUGCUUGUCCCAUAAUGUUGAUGUAAUUUAAACUAUUUUUGAUUUUGUAAGACAUAUUUUGAAUGUUCCAUGGGCCUUUUGCCAUUGUUUAAAAUUAUGUGCCUAAAGUUAUUGUUUUUCUGUCUAUUUUCUUUUGGUGUCAUCCCUUUACACUUUGAAUCUACAAUCUUCUGAAUGGCAGCUUGAACACAAGGCAAUUGGAAUUACUCCAGUCAAACUCAAUGACCCUUUGAUGACCAGCUUAUCCUAUUUACAAACAGUCUAGUAGGUGUUAAAGCUAGGGCUGGGUGAUGGUCAGAAUGAAACUGAACUGAAAUAAUCAUAUUUUGUGGUUUGUUUGUUUUUUGUUUCGCAUCUUGGAUAUUUCAGAAUUGCUUUAAUUGAGCUCUGACACUGGAUAAACAAAAAUGAAAUUCAAAAGAUGCAUUUAUUUUUUAUAAUCUUGUGCAUUGUAACAGCAAAGCAAAUUAAUCAGUCGAAAUCACCAGUUAACCAGUGUUAUAUGUUUUGUUUUGCUGCUGCUUUUUUUUUUUUUUUACAACUACGAUAACCUCAUUUACAGUGUUGACCUAAACUGCUGUAAAGGAUGCUCUUAAUAAUUCACAAAAAAAAAAAAAAAAAAAUCCAACACUUUUCCAAUUGGUUAAAAUAAUAAUAAAAAGUUAAAUUAACAUUAUUUAUUACCCAGCCCUAAAAGUAUGCCUUAUUUAAUUUCAGUUUUAUGUUGACUUCUCUGAAUUCAAAAAGGCAGCUAUGGUGGCUCACAAGGACAAACUUUAUUUUUGUGAGUGCUUUGCUGAAUAUGCUUGGCGCUGUUUGUGACAAACAAAUAAACACAACUAAAACACAAACAAAAUGCAAAUUUGUUUUUUUAUUUUCUACAUUGUUUUACACCAUCUCCAGUUAUGACAGUUAUGACCACUUGUUGCUCGUGUUUAUAUUUAAAUAUGAUUUGUGAUUUUUUUCUCUUAUUAAAUGCCUCAUGAAGAACUGCUUAAA